AUGUCUUCUCGUCCUGAGCUUAAGGUUGAUGAUGAGCUUGGAUUCAUUAAGUUUUUCACAAAUUUACCUCAGAGAGAUGGAGAAACUAUUAGAGUCUUUGAUAGAGGGGACUUCUACACGGCUCAUGGAGAUGAUGCGACGUUCAUUGCCCGCACUGUCUACAAAACUACUUCAGUCCUACGUGAUCUAGGCAGUAAUUCUACAAAAAUCCCCUCAGUAACGAUGACCGUAACAGUAUACAAAAACUUUCUACGAGAAGCACUUUAUCGAAUGGGAAAGAGGGUGGAAAUAUUCACAACCUCUGGAAGAAAUAAUUGGAAGGUCACAAAGACAGCAUCGCCGGGAAACUUACAAGAUGUAGAGGAAGAAUUGGGAGGAUCAUUUGAUGCCGCACCAAUCAUCCUCGCUGUCAAGGUUUCCGCCAAAGCAUCAGAAGCAAGAAAUAUUGGUGUUUGUUUUGCAGAUGCAAGUGUUCGAGAAUUGGGAGUCAGCGAAUUUCUCGACAACGAUUUAUACUCAAACUUCGAAUCGCUACUGAUUCAGCUGGGAGUUAAAGAAUGUCUAAUUCAAGUAGACAGAUCGACAAAAGAUGUAGAGCUACAAAAACUUAAACAAAUUAUCGAAAACUGCGGUUGUGCUUGGACGGAACGAGCAGGAGGAACCUUUGGGACCAAAGAUAUCGAACAAGAUCUUGCAAGACUUUUGAAGGAUGAGAAGUCUACGGGAGUUCUUCCACAAACGGAUCUGAAACUUGCUAUGGGUUCAGCGGCAGCUCUUAUCAAUUAUUUGGGUGUGCUACAUGAUAAUUCGAAUUUCGGACAAUACCAACUCUAUCAGCAUGACCUUUCCCAAUUUAUGAAACUGGAUGCUUCUGCGCUCAAAGCUCUAAAUCUUAUGCCUGGACCGAGGGACGGAUCGAAAACCAUGUCUCUUUAUGGUCUACUCAAUCAUUGCAAAACACCAGUCGGAAGUAGACUUUUGGCACAAUGGUUAAAGCAACCUUUGAUGAGUUUAGAGGAAAUUGAGAAACGACAACAAUUGGUAGAGGCUUUUGUUGAAGAUCAAGAAUUGAAACAAACCAUACAAGAAACUCAUAUGCGGUCGAUACCCGAUUUAUAUCGCUUAGCCAAACGAUUUCAGAAAAAGUUGGCGAACCUAGAAGAUGUCGUUCGAGCAUAUCAAGUCGUCAUAAGAAUACCGGACUUCAUUAAAACUCUUGAGGACGUUAUGGAUGAGAAGUAUCGUGAUGCUCUUGAUGAAGCAUAUACAGAUAAGCUUCGUGGAUGCAACGCUAGUCUGGGAAAUUUAGCAGAAAUGGUAGAGACUACAGUUGACCUCGAUGCUAUGGACAACCACGAAUAUAUCAUCAAGCCUGAAUUCGAUGACAGCCUUAAUAUCAUUAGGCGAAAGUUGGACAAAUUGAAGUACGAAAUGGAUCAAGAAUUCCGUGUAGUAGCCAAAGAUCUCGGCCAGGAAAUGGAAAAGAAAAUCUUCUUGGAAAACAACAAAGUUCAUGGUUGGUGCAUGAGACUCACACGGACGGAAGCCUCCUGUAUUCGAAACAAGAGCAAAUACCAAGAAUGUCAGACACAAAAGAAUGGUGUCUAUUUUACCACCUCGAAACUCCUCUCUAUACGCCGCGAAUUUGACCAGCUCUCAGAAAAUUACAAUCGCACCCAAUCUAGUCUUGUGAACGAAGUUGUAGCUACAGCUGCAUCCUAUUGUCCAGUCAUUGAACAACUCGCCUCUGUUCUUGCCCAUCUCGACGUUAUCGUUUCGCUAGCCCAUACUUCUGCGCAUGCCCCUACAUCUUACGUUCGUCCAAAGAUGCAUCCUCGUGGAACUGGUUCUACGAUUCUUAAAGAAGCUCGCCAUCCUUGUAUGGAAAUGCAAGAUGAUGUUCAAUUCAUUACUAAUGACGUCUCGCUUAUUCGUGAUGAGUCCUCAUUCCUUAUAAUUACAGGUCCUAACAUGGGUGGCAAGAGUACUUAUAUACGACAAAUCGGCGUCAUAGCACUGAUGGCUCAAAUCGGUUGCUUCGUCCCUUGCUCAGAAGCAGAACUAACAAUCUUCGAUUGCAUAUUAGCGAGAGUAGGAGCAUCAGAUUCACAACUCAAAGGCGUCUCAACAUUCAUGGCAGAGAUGUUAGAAACGGCUAAUAUACUCAAAUCAGCAACUUCAGAAUCUCUUAUCAUCAUUGAUGAAUUGGGUAGAGGUACUAGUACAUAUGAUGGAUUUGGCUUAGCGUGGGCCAUCUCCGAAUAUAUCGUUAGGGAAAUUGGAGCAUUCAGUAUGUUUGCUACGCAUUUCCAUGAAUUGACAGCGCUGGCGGAUACUUUCCCUCAAGUCAGAAAUUUACAUGUGGUCGCGCAUAUUGAUACAGAACCUUCGUCACAAGAAAGGAAGCGAGAGGUCACGUUACUAUACAAAGUUGAAGAGGGAAUCUGCGAUCAAAGUUUCGGUAUUCAUGUAGCAGAACUAGUCAAAUUCCCAGAAAAAGUAAUAGGCAUGGCGAGGAGAAAGGCAGAGGAAUUAGAAGAUUUCGGAACGAGUGGAAAGGCUGACAAUGGAGAUCCAAGUAGUCAAGAAUAUGGAAAGGAAGAUGUGGAGGAGGGAAGUAGAUUGUUGAAGGAUAUAUUGAAGAACUGGAAGGCGGAAAUUGACGGGAAGGAUAUGGCAAAGGAGGACAAAAUUGCGGUCUUGAGGAGGUUGGUGGGAGGCGAUGAGAAAUUGAGGGCGAAUCCGUUCUUUAAGAGUAUUGAAUGUUUAUAA